UUUUUCUGCAUGGAAAAUACAGACCCGCUGCAAAGACGGUCCAUAUCCAGUACCUCGACCCUAAAAUUGGAUCAGAAAUCAUGACCUUCAUCAACCCUCCGUCCUCUCAAAAGUCAAAACCUCCUAAACCCCUCUCUCCAAUAGCUUCGCUUCUCUAUUACUCCUUGGCUUCCCUGCCUCCCUCCCUCUAUCUGUAACACAAAAAACCAGAAGUUCUCCAAAGGAGCUUCAAAUUUCUGUUACCAAAAUGGCUUACAUGCGAAGUCUCUCAGCUCGUUCAACCAUCUUGAAACGACAACACAAUCUGCGUUUCACAUACAUUCUCCACGACGACAACGACGACCACCACCACCACCACAAAAACAAUCAAGAACAACUUAAUCCCACUAAUUACGUUCCACAAAGAUCCUUCAACAUUAAUUCAACUAGUUUCGCUUCUCUACUUCAAGAAGCAAAUCACUCGCAUUUCGCAGGCGCUUGUUUCGUACGCUACAUGUCAACCACCACCACUGCGGCGGCAGAUAAGAUUAAUGUGGUGAUGGAUACGGUGGCGCAGGCGGCUCCCGCUGCGAAUGAGGUUGCGAUUGCGGCUGCGGAUUCUUACUUGCCUGUUGCGGCUCUUCAGCACGUUAUUGAUGCUGUUCAUAAUUUUACUGGAUUGAAUUGGUGGGCUUCUAUGGUUGUGACUACAUUGCUUAUAAGAAGCGCGAUGCUUCCACUUUUGAUAAAUCAGUUGAAAGCUACUUCGAAACUUAGUAUCUUGAGGCCGCAUUUGGAGGAGGUUAAGCAAAGGGUGGACUGUCAGGUCAUGGACCCUACUGCUGUUUCUGAAGGUCAGAAAGAAAUGCAGAAGUUGUUUAAGGAACAUGGUGUGAGUCCAUUUACUCCACUGAAGGGGAUCUUAAUUCAAGGUCCUGUCUUCAUCAGCUUUUUCCUUGCUAUUUCAAACAUGGCAGAAAAAGUGCCAUCCUUUAAAAGUGGUGGAGCAUACUGGUUUGUUGACCUCACAACCCCAGAUGGUUUAUACAUCUUUCCAGUUUUGACAGCAUUAACUUUCUUGCUGACAGUGGAGUGCAAUACGCAAGAAGGAAUGGAAGGAAAUCCUGCUGCUGGCACCAUGAAAAAUGUUUCAAGGGCCCUUGCUGUUGCUUCAGUUCCUAUGACUAUGAAUUUCCCAAAGGCUGUAUUUUGUUAUUGGGUUACAUCCAACUUGUUUUCGCUUGCUUAUGGGUUAGUGUUGAAAGCUCCUGGGGUAAAAAAUUUUUUGCGUGUUCCAGAAGUACCCGUGGCACCUCCAACUACUGGUGCAAAAUCUUCUCCCUUUGAUCUGUUUUCAGCACUCAAACAACUCUCAAAAGGCAGAAAGGAACCUACCUCAUCAUUGCCUGUGGAACCACCAAAGCUCUUACAGCAUAAAAAGUCUUCAUCUUCGGGAAUAGGUAAGAGGAUAAGCAGUCUAGAGAAAGAAGGCGAACGCUUCCAAAGGCGAACCCUUCAAGGAAGAAAGAAAAAUAAGAAGAGGUGAAAAUGGUUUCUCCAUAAAAGGAAACUGCUAGUGAAGUUCUCAAGUCAGUGUAAUACUGCCAAGAAAAUUUUUAUUGGUUAAGCAUGAUUCAUAUAUUGUUUAUUAGGCUAUAGGUUCGGCCUUGUUAUUUUCAAUAAAUUGUUAAAAUUUUGAUGUACAAAAAAUUUUGCUCUGAUAUCCGAUUUUUCUUCUUUUUCUAGCA